AUGAAGACUCAACAGGUUGCCGUGCCUCCUAGGCUCACAAAGGGUCUCAGACCCGUGCUAUCAUCAGCUAACCGACAAGACUCGAACUUUUUCGUCCAUCCGUCCUUGAUCCCAGACAACGAUCCGCACAAAGGCAGACUGCUGCGCGCUGCGGCAUCGAUAGAGGCGGGCACGAUCCUCCUCAGAGACACACCAUACGCCAUCGUACCGAUACCAGUGUCAGAAAACGGCAGACAGUCAUUACUAUGCAGUAAUUUAUCGUGCUCACAGCGCUCAGAAGUCAACUCAUCGACAGUGAAAUGCGCCCACAACUGCGACAGUGAUGUGAUCUGGUGCUCACCGAAAUGCCACACUGACGACUUGAAGCGCCACAACUAUGAAUGCCGAUGGCUCAAGCACCAAGGCCAGACAUGCCGCCGAGACGAGUUCAACUACAACUUUAUCACGCUUUGGCACGUCGUUCGACUGCUGGCGGGCUGGAACCUCGAACUCCAGCCGGGCGUGGCGGCCAACCACCGCCCUCGAAACGACCGAUUCGCCUGGGGUUGGGAGGCCGUUCUGCAAUGCUGCCACUAUCUCGACUCGUGGCCUGAAGAGCAGCUAAUACAUUGGAAACGACUGGCGGGGACCUAUUUGAUGGAUAAAGAGUGCUUGCCGAGUGCACUCAACCUGGGCGAAAUGGUCGCCUUGAUAUGCAAAGAAGAGACGAACACCUUUGGACUGUAUCCAACUGCGACUGGACCAUUGAGCGUAGUCGGACAACGGGUGUCAAGAGGCGAAUCUUACGGGCUCAGCCUCUAUCCCAGGGCUGCCAUGUUCAACCACUCGUGUGAGCCAAGUGUGGCGCAUGCGCCCGACACGCGUGGAUGCAUGGUAUACACGGCGGCGCGAGACAUUGACAAGGGCGAGGAGCUCACCAUCACCUACUUUGACCUCGCCGCCCGCAAGACGGUGGCGAGUAGACAGGAGCAUGUGCGAGAGCAGUUCCGCUUCAAGUGCACGUGCGACAGGUGUGUCGAGGACGAGGCAGCGGAGAACCUAGCGGAGCUUGAUGCGCUGCCUCUUGACGGCAUGGCGUGGUUAUAGUGCGUCAAUGAAGCUCUGCCGCUUGUGUUUUCGGCCUGGCCAUUCUUGCGGUCGCUCGUGUUCAGUGAACGGGUCAUCCUUACUCUUCUCAUGCCAGGGCACCCACGGUGCUCACUAGCAAUGCUUUAUGUUACAUGCAGAAGGAUCCUCGAGUAUACCUUCUUACACGGUGUCCUGCUCGCAAGGAUCUUGAACCCAUCGCCGCGACCUGUAGUCGGCAAGGAAACCUGGGUCGGCACGAGAUGGGAAGGCGGCGGUGGGAGAUUGAAGAUGAUCGCGAUCUUCAUUGAAUGGUGCUCGAUCGAGUCCUGCCAUACUGUCCCUUCAUUUCGAUUCAAAUAUCGCAUCAGCGGAUAGAUCCGCUGUCCUAGUUGCAAGGC